UUCCCUCCCUGGGGAGCGGCCGGACGGGUGCACCAUGGCGGCAUCCCCUCGCUCUCUGUCCUCACGCCUCCUCCUGACAGAUGUACAAUGUGGUCAUUUCAGCUCAUAAGAUAACAAAGGAAAAUGCUGUGCAAGUGGCAAUCUCCUUGAAUCCUCCAGAAGAAUGGUGCUGCCUUACACAAUAAGUCGGGCAGGAGGAUGUAUGUGGUAUCUGGAGAGAAGAGCUGUACAGGCACCCCCACGCAAGUUCAUGCGACUGUUCAGAAAUGCUAGUAAGGAAUGGAUUACAUUUCAACACUUUCGCUUCCUGAAGCGCCUGUAUGUCACACAGCUGCACUCAAGCCUCAACCAGCAAGUAAAACCAAAGCCAGAAGCAGUGGUUUCUCCUUUCCUUGAAAAUACAUCCUCGGUUGAAGCCAAAGCAGAAAUGGAGGCAAUGAGAGCUCAUUCACCUCCUGGGCUGACUUUGCCCCUCAAGCCAAGGGGAGAGGAAUUGGUAGAAGUAGCAUGUGCCUCAGUGGUGGAGAGCCCCAUAGACGUGGGUGAAACCACAAAAGAAGAGAAGCAGUGGACAGAGAUGAAGCUGCGUAUGGAUGAUCUGCCUGGAGCGUUGGCGCGGCUCUCCAAAAUCAAGCUCACAGCUCUGGUUGUGAGCACCACAGCUGCUGGAUUUGCACUGGCCCCAGUCCCUUUUCACUGGCCCUGCUUCCUGCUUACUUCUCUUGGAACCGGCCUUGCAUCCUGUGCUGCCAACUCCAUCAAUCAGUUUUUUGAGGUACCCUUUGACUCAAACAUGAAUAGGACAAAAAACAGACCUCUGGUUCGUGGACAGAUCAGCCCGCUGCUAGCCGUGUCCUUCGCCACUUGUUGUGCUGUCCCAGGAGUGGCCCUUCUGACCUGGGGCGUGAAUCCACUCACAGGAGCCCUGGGGGUCUUCAACAUUUUCCUGUACACCUGUUGCUACACACCACUGAAGAGGAUCAGCAUUGCCAACACAUGGGUUGGAGCCGUGGUUGGGGCCAUCCCACCCGUCAUGGGCUGGACAGCGGCCACUGGCAGCCUCGAUGUUGGAGCGCUCCUUCUGGGCGGGAUCCUCUACUCGUGGCAGUUCCCCCACUUCAACGCCCUGAGCUGGGGUCUCCGCGAGGACUACUCCCGCGGCGGCUACUGCAUGAUGUCCGUCACCCACCCGGGCCUGUGCCGGCGCGUGGCGCUGCGCCACUGCCUGGCCCUCAUCGCGCUCUCCGCCGCCGCCCCGGCCCUGGACGUCACCAGCUGGGCCUUCCCGGCCAUCUCGCUGCCCAUCAACCUGUACAUCUCCUACCUCGCCUUCCGGUUCUACAAGGACGCCGACCGGAAGAGCUCUCGGAAACUGUUCUUCUGCAGCCUGUGGCACCUGCCGCUGCUGCUGCUGCUGCUGCUCACCUGCAAGCGGCGGCGGGCGGGCAGCCCCGAGGCCGAGGCCGAGGCCGGGCCCGCCAGCUGAGGGCCCGGAGCAAAACGCACACGUCAUCCCCCUCUCCGCCGCUCAUGGUAGACAUUCAGGGGUGCAGGAAGAGAAGUCUCCAGUUCUAGUGUACCUGAUUGUAAAACAACUGGUGCUGUGAUCACCUAACAGGUAAAAACAACAACAACAUACAUAUCGACCCAAAACGCUUCCCGAGUAAGAAAUGGGUUGCUUCAAUUGAUGAGUACAAAGAACAUUUUUCUCUUUUGAGAGUCUUUAUCUUUCUCCCAGCUCCACUUUCUCUCUCUCUCCCUCUCUCACACACACACACACUCACCACCUCAAGAGCCAGGAUGGCUUUGGGGGGGUCAGUCAGGUGACCUCUGACAUCCCGACCCUCAGAAGUGCUCACAGCACCCACUUUCCCCAUCCAGCUUUCUCCACCCCACAAAUACCCCCAACUGCUUAUUCCACUUCCCCGCCUCCCUCUCCCCCCCCCCAACAGUAACAAGACACAGGAUGGACCUCCUCAUAGAAAACGGUUGUCCUGGGCUCGUGGGCUGGACUGCAGCCCCUGCUCCCCUCACACCCGACACACCAGGAUUUCAGAAGGGGCAAAGAAUCAAAGGCAUCUUUAUAGCUCCCUUUAAAAUCUCGGCGCCGUCUGAAGCGUUUCUUUCUGGAAGGGCCGCGCUCCAGCAGUCCCCUCUGGCUGGGAUCCCACCACUGAAGCUCUUUAGUCCCUGCGGAGGACUCCCCGUGGCAAGGCUUUCCCAGGGCUGUAUGAGAAAGGGAGCUGGAAGAGAGCGCAAGCUGGGCCAGCAGCCCACAUAGCUCACAUUCUUGUUCCUUCUGGGGGGAAACCCACAUUUCCAUCCUGGUACCUCCAGUGCAGAAAUAGACCACUACUUGGCCACUGGCUUUGAGGGUGAGAAGCCCAAGGGGGUUCACAGCAAGGAUGACUCAGGGUCUGGGGGGGGGGGGGGGUUGAGAGGUUGCCCUGUAGCCAGGUGCGGCGUUGGGUGCCAGGCACCUUCACCUGGAAGUCUUUGAGUCCCUUUUUCCUCACCCCCAGAGCUGGAGGCCCAGUUACCUGCAGGUCUUGGAGCCUGGCAGAAUGUUUUAAUUACAGCCACCUCCCCAGGGUACAGCUUCCCUGUAUAAGGGUGUUGGGUUCAACAGCGCUUAAACAGUUGCUGCACCAGGACUGUUUUCAAAAAUGUCUAGGGCUGGGGUACUUGCAUAGCCAUACUCAGGCCCCGGGUUUGAUCUCAGACACCAAAACAAAUUGUAAAAAGUAAAUGUCCAAAGUGAUGCUAUCCACAUCGGUUAUGUGUGAAAUGUUCCCUCUCGAUUGUAUCCGGUUAUGCACAGUGGGGGAUAUGGCAUAGGAAUGUCUGUGAAGAGCAUCCACAAGAUUUUUGUGGGUUUUUUGUUUUUUUUUUUGCCACCAUUAAAUUUGUGAAGAUGUG